AUGGAUGACUGGGACACCGUCACGAAAAUUGGAAGCAAGACCCGCGGGGGCGGAGCAGCACGAGAGACGGUCGUCAGAGGCAAAUCCGCGCUCAACGCCGCCCAAAGAAGCGGAACGGUCAUCGGAACAGAGAAGAAGUUUGGCGCUGGCAACUCUGCCUCCAAACCCGGCGUCGAAGGCCAACAUCUCACCAAAGUCGACCGCAGUGAUGACAUCGUCAAGCCCAACACAGUUGGCAAGGAAGUCGGCGACGCCAUCUCUCAGCAGCGACAGAAGAUGGAGCCGAAGAUGACACAGAAGGACCUGGCGACCAAGUGCAACACGACCCAAAGUAUCGUCGCGGACUUCGAGCGCGGAUCUGCGGCCCCGGACCAGAAGAUCCUGGCGGCGAUGGAGAAGGUUCUGGGGGUUAAGCUGCGGGGAAGCGAUAUUGGUGCGCCGAGAUUUGGUCCUAAGAAGAAGUAG